AUGGCGUCAAGCCAGAAGGCCGCCCGCGUGGGCGAAGAAGUCUGGAAGACGCGAGUGGACAAAGUCAAUGCUGAGCUUGUCACCCUCACUUAUGGGACAAUUGUGGCCCAGCUCUGCACCGACUAUGACUAUGAUUACGCCCAGGUAAACCAGCAAUUGGACAAAAUGGGAUAUAAUAUCGGCAUGCGGCUCAUUGAGGACUUCCUUGCAAAAUCCAAUACUGGCCGCUGUGGGAAUUUCAGGGACACAGCGGAGAUGAUCUCCAAGGUCGGCUUCAAGAUCUUCCUCAACAUUACCCCCACUGUUACGAAUUGGACGGCGGAUAACAAACAAUUUUCAUUACUGUUUGACGAAAACCCUUUGGCAGACUUUGUGGAGCUUCCCGAUGACGGGCGGGCUCAAGAUGAGUUGUGGUUCUCCAACAUCCUCUGCGGCGUCCUACGUGGGGCAUUGGAAAUGGUCCAGAUGUCCAUCGAGGCACGUUUUGUCAGUGACAUCCUUCGAGGCAAUGACGUGACGGAAAUGCGGGUCACCCUGAUUCGAUACAUUGAGGACGAGAUGCCUCCCGACGACGAAUAG